GUAGGAGGGGAGCCUGUCGUGUGCGUCAGUAAGUCAAGCAUGUUCCAAUAACGGGCAUUAUCUGCUGCUAUUUGCAGUGUGCUGUAACCAGGCAGUGCGCAGCGCUUUUUAUUUGUUAAAAAAUUGCUCCUUGGUGAUGGAAACGAUCUCAGAAGGAAUAUCAUCUGCACGGGCAGAAAUAAGGAAUCCAACCCUUGCCCUUGACUCUACAAGCACAAUGCCAAACGCAAAAUCCUCAGCUGAACCUCAGCUAUAAGUGGUCAGAAGAUGGCGGGAGGUGUAACGAGGGCCACGGGGAUGGGACACAUCCUGAAGUUGAAUGUGCGGUUGUUAGCGGUGGCUGUGCUACUGGGAACUGAUGUGAGCUGGCUGGGCUUGAAAGACCAGGUUGGGGUCAAUGCCCAGAACAACGAGAGAAGGGUAUUGGCACAUAUCCCUGGUGAUAUCAUCAUAGGAGCUCUGUUCUCUGUCCACCACCAACCACCUGCAGAUAAGGUCCAUGAGCGAAAGUGUGGUGCGGUCCGUGAGCAGUACGGGAUCCAGAGAGUGGAAGCCAUGAUGCACACUCUGGACCGAAUUAAUGCAGACCCCACCAUCCUUCCCAACAUCAGCCUGGGCUGCGAGAUCAGGGAUUCGUGCUGGCACUCUGCCGUGGCACUGGAACAGAGUAUUGAGUUUAUUCGGGACACACUAGUGUCAAGCGACGAGGAGGAGAGCCAGGGCAGAUGCACGGCAGAAGGAGGGAGCAUGCUUCUUCAGGGGAAGAAGCCUAUUGUGGGACUUAUUGGACCAGGUUCCAGCUCUGUGGCCAUCCAGGUGCAAAAUCUCCUCCAGCUCUUCAACAUCCCACAGAUAGCUUACUCAGCCACCAGCAUGGAUCUCAGUGACAAGAGCCUGUAUAAAUAUUUCAUGAGAGUAGUACCAUCAGAUAUGCAACAGGCCAGAGCAAUGGUGGACAUUGUCAAGAGAUACAACUGGAGCUACGUGUCUGCAAUACACACUGAAGGUAAUUAUGGUGAGAGCGGUAUGGAGGCAUUUAAAGACAUGGCAGCAAAAGAAGGGAUCUGCAUUGCCCACUCUGACAAGAUAUACAGCAACGCAGGGGAGCAAAACUUUGACAAGCUUUUGCAGAAACUCAGAGGCCAUCUACCCAAAGCCAGGGUUGUGGCUUGCUUCUGUGAGGGCAUGACAGUCCGAGGGAUACUGAUGGCCAUGAGACGACAACGCCUAGUGGGAGAGUUCGUCCUCGUCGGAAGCGAUGGCUGGGCUGACAGGUAUGAUGUGACUAAUGGCUACCAGAAGGAAGCAGCCGGGGGAAUCACUAUAAAGUUAAAGUCGGCGUAUGUGACCUGGUUUGAUGAUUACUACCUGAACCUGAAGCCUGACGCUAACCUGAGGAACCCCUGGUUCCCCGAGUUUUGGCAGCACCGCUUCCAGUGCAGGUUGAAGGGACAUCCACAGGAGAGCACUGCUUACAACCGCACUUGCACUUGGAGAGAGUCUCUGCGGCAUCAAUAUGCCCAAGACACCAAGAUGGGCUUUGUCAUAAAUGCCAUUUAUUCUAUGGCUUAUGGCCUACAUGCCAUGCAACAAGCACUUUGUCCAGGAUAUAAGGGUUUGUGUGAGAGCAUGCGUCCCAUUGAUGGUCGCAAGCUGCUAGAUUUCCUGAUGAAAACCAACUUUACUGGUGUAUCUGGGGAGGCCAUCCUCUUUGACCAGAACGGAGACUCACCCGGCAGGUAUGAAAUCAUGAACUUCAAGCAGACAGGUGAAGAUGAAUACGCUUACAUCCAUGUGGGAAGCUGGGAUCAGGGUGGCCUAAAGAUGAAUGAUGAAGAAAUCUGGAGCAACAACAGUGAAAUCAUCCAGUCAGUCUGCUCUGAGCCCUGCCAGAAGGCACAGAUUAAGGUGAUCCGUAAAGGAGAGGUGAGCUGCUGUUGGACCUGCACUCCCUGCAAAGAGAACGAGUUCGUGUUUGAUGAGUACACUUGCCGAGCCUGUGAGCUUGGCUCCUGGCCCACAGAUGACCUCACUGGUUGUGAGCCAAUUCCAGUGCAGUAUGUCCGCUGGGGGGAUCCAGAGCCCAUUGCUGCUGUAGUCUUUUCCUGCCUGGGCCUCAUGGCUACACUUUUUGUUACAUCUGUUUUCAUCAAGUUUUGGGACACUCCUGUGGUCAAGUCAUCCAGUCGGGAGCUCUGCUACAUUAUUCUGGCAGGAAUAUGUCUGGGCUACCUGUGUACUUUCAGUCUUAUCGCAAAGCCACACAUUGUCUAUUGCUACCUCCAGCGGCUGGGAAUCGGACUGUCCCCUGCCAUGAGCUACUCUGCUCUCGUCACCAAGACCAACCGCAUAGCACGGAUCCUGGCAGGCAGCAAAAAGAAGAUCUGUACCAAGAAACCGCGUUUUAUGUCCGCCUGCGCACAAUUGGUCAUCGCCUUCCUACUCAUACUCCUGCAGCUGGGGAUUAUUGUGGCACUUCUCAUCAUAGAGCCACCACAGGUGAUCUAUGAUUACCCCAGUAUCCGUGAGGUGCACUUGAUCUGCAAUCUGACCACUCUGGGGGUGGUAGCACCGCUGGGCUACAAUGGCCUGCUUAUCCUCAGCUGCACCUUCUACGCCUUCAAGACUCGUAAUGUACCAGCUAAUUUUAAUGAGGCCAAGUACAUUGCCUUCACCAUGUACACCACCUGUAUCAUCUGGCUGGCCUUUGUUCCAAUUUACUUUGGCUCCAACUACAAGAUCAUAACCAUGUGCUUUAGUGUCAGCCUCAGUGCCACAGUGGCUCUCUGCUGCAUGUUUGUCCCCAAGGUCUACAUCAUGCUCGCCAAGCCCGAGAAAAAUGUCCGCAGCGCUUUCACCACAUCCACAGUUGUGCGCAUGCAUGUGGGCGAUGCUAAGAAAGCUGCCAAAUCUGGCAAAUCUUCUAGCAGCAUGGCCAACUUGUUUCGACGCCGUGGCUCUACGCAGGACAACAUAAGUUCCAAUGGGAAAUCAGUUACAUGGACACAGAAUGAGCGUGGAUACAGACCAAACCUGUGGAAGAGGAUGUCAUUUCACGUGAAGAAAAAGGAUCCAGUCGAGGCAAAUCAGACAGCCAUCAUCAAGCCAUUCUCUAAAGAUGGGGAUACACCAGCAGACAACAGUGUCAAGGAGCAGUACGAUGAGCCACAGCUUUCUCAGUCUUUCACCUGCACACCCUCUCAGUCACCUUUGCCCACCAUCAGUCAGCAUGCAGCGAAGGCGGCGUGUCAUCAGGGAGGAGAGGAUGCCGAGGAUGCACAAGUUUUACCCACCUAUUUACCCGAGCACCCCGCUGGGGUGAGAAGAAGGGGCGGGGACAACAGCCAAAGUGUUGGUGCAUUGAAUGAUGGAGACAUUAGCAUCAUAGGAGUGGGUGACAUUGGCAUAGGGAUGAUUGGCGGCCAAACUCAGGGUACCACAAUCAUGGACCAGAUCAGUAGUGUGGUUAACCGUUUCACUGCCAACAUCAGUGAGCUGAAUACCAUGAUGCUGCCAGGGGGAGCCACCGUCAGCCCACCCUCCACCACUGCUCUGCCUGCUGCUACUGCAGAUACCACGGCGUGUCCACCUCAGUACCUCGCGCCCAGGAACAGACAGACACCCUCCACCGUCACCACAUAUGCGGAGGUAACAGCCGUCUCCAGUUUCUGCGAGAAUCGACCAGCGGGUAAGAUUUAUGAGCACCUGGCCGGGACUUGCGUGAGUAGCAGACGGGCCAAGGAUAUGGAGGAGCUCAUGGCUCUGACGCCUCCCUCUCCAUUUAGAGACUCAUCUCUGAGCUCCAAUGGCAGCUCUCCCCCUUCCCUGUCCCCUGCCUCUGAGGCUGAAUAUGACCAGCUGCUGCUGAGACAUUACAGCCAGAGCUCCUCCUCUCUUUAAACCUGCACCCCUCUCCCACAACUUAUUUUCCUUUUUUAAUCUUCUAUCCAGGGAGCAUUUUAAACUCCAAGAGACAAAACUUCCCACUGGACCAAUCUCUUUGAUGCCUUUCUUCGUGUGGAUAUUAUGAAUGUUUAAGGCUUUUUUUUAAUGAACAGAUGCUUAUUUUCAGAUUGCGACUGGGCACACCCACAUUGAGUACUGAAGGACAUAGAGAGGAAUACCAAUAGAAGGAUUUAAAAAAUUGGACCGAAAUAAACAUAAGGGCAUUUUAAAGACUUUUUACUGCUUUUCUGACAUGUUUCAAACUCAGUUUUAAACUCCAAAGACAACUUUGAUAAGCUGAAGAAAUGAAAAUCAAACAACAUUUUUUUUAAAUGGCUAUUGGUCUAGAGACUCCAGGUGUUUAGAAAAAUUAAAAAUUACUACAAAACCCCAACAUCAAAUAUGAUUGUGUUUUAGUUGGAUAUUUUUCAUUAUCUUUUAUCAUUAACAUAGAGAGUAAAUGUGUUUUUUUAUCUUUAGCUUGUUGUUGACCUUAUGCACUUUUUCUACUGACAAACUGCCCUAACAUGUAAUAUUGUGAGACCCCGCUGGAUCCAGAUUGUAGGAAGAAGCAAGAAGGUAUUUAUGCGAAAAUCAAACAAUUUACUGCCAAUCACAAAAGACAUGAGAGCGCAUUUUGUAUCCUGAUGCUAAACGGGGAAAGUGGUCAAAUGCUGCAAAUCAGCCAUCAGGUUUUUCUCUUUCUCAGUGACCUUUUUCGUGUACUGAGGAUCAAACACCUCCUAUCCCAAGAGGACAGAAGCUUUUUAUGUCUCAAGGAAGUCAGACAUUUUCCCAGUGGACGCGUUCAUCAGGUGUCUAACCCACAAACAGCGUUCGGACUACUUGGAUGUCUUCUUUAAUUCUUUGAUCUAGUUGUGACUCAGUUGAAUGUAUAAGUUUCAAGAUCUGUAGUGGACCAAAAUGAUCUUCCACCUCAGGAUGUGUUCAGCUGUAACGUGCUGAAUGACUGUCGUCAUGUGGCGGAUCAAAAUGUCUCCAGUUUGCAUGAUGUCAGGAUUUGUUUACACUCUCUGAGGUAUGUUUGUAAUGAUUUACUUUUUAAUAUCGUAAUGUCAAAAUACUAUUAUGAAUAUAUACAGUAGCACAGUAACAAUACUAAUAGUGAUAUUGAUGUGCUUUUAAGGUUAAAGGAGGAGAUUUAAAUUGCGCCAGAUUUUUCUUUCUACCAAAAAAAGUUUUUUUUAAGUCUUGCUUUUUACUUAUAUGUGUGCCAGUGCAUUGAAUUACUUUGUGGUUAUGUAAAAUAUGCUACUGAAAAUCUUAUUGUAAGCCAAUUCAAAUUUCUUAUGCCUGAAUAUUUUAAUUCAUUUGGUAUGCUUUUUUUUUGUUCUUCUUUUUUGUCUGCACUUUUGCCUCUCUGAGGUUUAAGGUCAAGAAUAAUAUGGAUUCAUAGGUUUGCAGGUUUUCAGCUUCUAAGAUGUAACUGAUGAUACUGACAUGGUAGCUAACAUAUGUCUGGUUAUCAGACCUUUUUCUUUUUACUAUUUCCAGUCUGGCUUCAGUCCCUAGCUUCUUUUUUUGUAUGAUAUUUCCAUACAGACAGGAAUGCAUUUAUGUUUUUUUGAAAUGUGCAGUAUGUUAUUUCAAUAUAAAAAAAAAAUGUUCAUGGAUAGUCGCCACAUAUGCAUGCAUGCAGCUUGUACCAGUCGUGCAGGUUUAUUAUAAUAUAUGCCACUAUUUUCUGACAUGAUUUAGAGAAUGGUUGUCUUAUGUUUUUUAUCCAAUUUGCAGAUUUAAUUCACAGCUUGGUCUUCUACUGCAUUAAAGGUUUCCAUUCAAAACUA